GCCGUGCCCAGUUGCAAGUAGGCGAGAACGGGGAUGGAAACACCCUCUUCUUACCACCGUCGUUUGGCUCCACUGUUGCUUCUGCUCUGCUUUUGCACGCUUCAAGUCGAAGUGCACGCAUCGCGUAAGAAGCUGUACGUAGCAUACCUGGGCGAAAGGAAGCAUGGACACCCAGAUCAUGUCGUUGCCUCGCACCAUGAAACACUAUCAAGCGUUCUUGAAAGUAAACAAGAUAUUUUAGAUUCCAUCAUCUAUAGCUACAAGCAUGGAUUCUCGGGCUUCGCGGCCAUGCUUACGAAAGAGCAAGCACAGCAACUUGCAGACUUGCCGGAAGUCAUCAGUGUGCAACCGAGCAGGAGGUACCAGACGACGACCACACGAAGCUGGGACUUCCUGGGGCUGGGCCUAAACGACAAAGUGCCUUCCGAUCUUCUCCACAGAAGCAGAUAUGGAGAAGACACCAUCAUCGGGAUUAUUGACACAGGAAUUUGGCCGGAGUCGAGAAGCUUCAGCGACGACGGCUACGAGCCGGUGCCGUCACGGUGGAAAGGCGUGUGCCAGGUCGGGGUGGGCUGGGACCGCAGCAACUGCAGCCGCAAGAUCAUCGGCGCGCGGUUCUACCACGCGGGCGUGGCCGAGGAGGAGCUCAAGAGCGAUUACCUCUCGGCGCGGGACGCCAACGGCCACGGCACGCACACGGCGUCCACGGCGGCGGGCUCGGUCGUGGAGGCGGCAAGCUUCCACGGCCUUGCCUCCGGCACAGCGCGUGGUGGCGCGCCCAGGGCCCGCAUCGCGGUGUACAAGUCUGUCUGGGGCAGCGGCCGCGGGGCUGGGUCCGGCAACACGGCCACCGUGCUCGCGGCCAUCGAUGAUGCGAUACACGACGGAGUGGACGUGCUGUCGCUGUCGCUCGUCGUGGAGGAGAACUCCUUCGGCGCCCUGCACGCCGUCCAGAAGGGGAUCACCGUGGUGUACGCUGCCGGGAACUCCGGGCCCAUGCCGCAGGUGGUCCGGAACACAGCUCCUUGGGUCAUCACCGUCGCAGCGAGCAAGAUUGAUCGAUCUUUUCCAACCGUGAUCACGCUGGGAAACAAGAAACAGAUCGUGGGACAAUCUCUGUACUAUGAAGGGAGGAAUUCGUCAGGGCGUACCUUCAGGCUUCUUGCCAAUGGAGGCCUAUGCACUGAUGAUGCUCUGAACGGCACGGAUGUGAGGGGCCAGAUUGUGCUGUGUGUAGCUUUCCAAGUACCACCACUUGCGCUCUUCCCACUCGCGUUGAAGAACGUCCUCGAUGCCGGGGCCUCAGGUCUUAUUUUUGCUCAAUACAGCAUGGAUGCCCUCGAUGCGGAAGCUGAUUGCAAAGGCAUUCCAUGCGUUCUUGUGGACUUCAACAUGGCGAACCAGAUUGGCAAUUACAUGGGUGCUGCAAGCUCUCCGGUGGCGAAGAUCGAGCCAGCGCGCUCCGUCACAGGUGAAGAGGUGGUGGCCCCAAAAAUCGCAGCAUUCUCCUCAAGAGGUCCAUCGAUUGACUACCCUGAAGUUAUCAAGCCUGACAUAGCAGCACCAGGAGCCAGCAUCUUAGCAGCCAAGGGAGACUCCUAUGCGCUCCUUUCAGGGACGUCUAUGGCAACGCCACAUGUAGCAGGUGCUGUUGCACUGCUGAAAGCUCUGCACCCAAAUUGGUCUCCAGCUGCAGUAAAAUCAGCCAUCAUGACCACUGCAUCAAUAACUGAUGCACGCAGCAUGCCAAUACUGGCACAAGGAUUGCCUCGGAAGAUCGCUGAUCCAUUCGACUAUGGAGGUGGGAACAUAAACCCUAACAAAGCAGCCGAACCUGGCCUGAUUUACGACAUUGAUCCAAGUGAUUAUGACAAGUUCUUUGGGUGCACCUUUAAGAAAUUCAUACAGUGCAAUGCAACAAUGUUACCUGGGUACCAUCUGAACUUACCAUCCAUCGCCAUUCCAGAUCUGAAGCACCCCAUUACUGUAUCAAGAACGGUCACAAACGUAGGUGAGGUCGAUGCAGUUUACCAUGCAGUAACUGAAAGCCCUGCUGGAAUCAAGAUGGAUGUUGAGCCAUCUGUUCUUGUGUUCAAUGCUACAAACAAAGUUAUCACAUUUCAGGUGAAGUUAUCACCCCUGUGGAGGUUACAAGGGGAUUACACGUUUGGCAGCCUUACUUGGCACAAUGACCAAAAGACAGUUCGGAUUCCAAUAGCAGUCCAGAUGACGAUUUAUGAUUUCUAUGCAGAUGUUGCAUAGGUAGGGUGAAACAUGCAGGCAUUAUCAUAGGGUUCUUUUCCUUUCUGAAGAAAAUAACAGAGUGUUGGGCUGUUGGCAACAAUACAUGAAAAUGAGAUAUGCUAAGCUCCACUGUGGCUUUACCUUUUUCCCCCCAUUUCUUUAUCAAAUGUAGCCAAACAACAGCACUAUUGUGUGGGCUAAAUCUAGUUGUAUUCAAUCGCAACUCUAAUAACUAUGUCAAAGUACAGAUAUUCUGUUACAAAUGUGCUUUUAAUUGAGAAUACAUUUGUAAAUUAUA